UUGGGCGGGAAUGGCCGCGAUGGCCGCGGCGGCCGAGGCGCGCAGGAUGGAGCUGGAGGCGGAGGCGAACCGCUGGGCCGUCCUCUUCUACGCCCACCAGGCCUUGCGGGCUUUCCGGGCCGGGAACAGCCGGGACUUUCGGGAGCUGCGCGACGUCCUCACCGCCGUCCUGGCGCGCCCGUUGGCCCUGGAGGAGCCGCUCCGGAUCCAGCUGCGGAUUAUCCAGAUCCUGUCCAGGCUGGAGGAAGGUGAGCGGGGGCGCAGCCCCUCUUUGCUCGGUCCCGGGGCCGCUGGGGCGGGGUGGCCUUUGCCGCUCCGAUCUCAGCCUAACGGCCUCAAUCGGGCUGUCCGUCAGGCUGGGCGGACUGCCUGCAGGAGGGUCGCCACCUGCUCCCUUCGAGCCGGCCCAGCAGCCGCUCCCGCCCAAAGCUCAGCAGAGGCAGCGGAAGGUGGGAGUGUCGGCGUUUGCUGAGAGAGAAGCCACGGAGGCAGGCAGCCAAAGGACAACCUACUGCUACUCUUCUCC